AAACAAAAAAAAAAAAAACUCGAACGUUUUUUGCACUCACUAUAUUAUGAUGUUUACGUUGCAGCUUAACUGGAUUAUUAGUUGUCAUCUACUGAAUUAAACUGCUAUAAUUUUCUGUUGUGCUCGGAGGUCUAUGGAAAAACGAGUGGCCCUUAGCCAAAAACUAACGAGAUUCAACGUUGUUUUUUUUAAAGCAAAAGAAUAAAAUAAAAUGCUGCCCAAGGUUAACAACCUCAUCUUAUGCAUACAUGACUUAAGUUUUAUUGGGCCGUCAGUCGCAGUCAUCACGCUUGGAGAGAAGUUAAAUUUUAAAUUUAAGCUUGGUUUUAAAAUGUGAGGGGUUCAAAUUGUAAUAUUAGUUAUUUAUAAUUUCAUUUGGCCGGAAAAGAUUAAAAUGAUGGUAUAAUAUGUUGUUUGCUGUAAAUUAUAUUUUCUUUUCCGUUCAUUUUCGAGUCUCAUAAAAUCUCUUCAAUCUUAAACUUUACAUCUGCUUCAUAUUUCCUAAACCAUAUCGAUUGCGUUACAAAACAAACAAAACAUUUUACAAUUAGAAGCAAAGUUAAAAAAUAGUUAUACAUUUCUGCUGGUUUGGCGAAUUUUGUGAAAUGAUAAUAAUGAUAUUAUUUCGAUUAUUUCAUUAGCGCAAUUUUUCAAUUAAAACUUGGUUCACAAUUAAAUAAAAAAUAAGCGCAAAAAUAAUUUUAAUUUCAAAAAUCUCAAAUUAACAUUUCUAUAGCAAAGUCGAUUGUGGGUUCACCGUGGCGCCCAAGUCUCUUUUCAAUUUUGGGCGUUUCAGGCGUUUCAGCAGACAUCUGUUAGUUCCCAUUUUCUCUUUUUCAAAUUUCAAAUUGUUUGUAUUAACUGAGUGUGAAUGAGAAGAAUAAAUAUUAAUACAUAAUAAUUAAGGCCUUUUUGUGCCAAUUGCAAAAAUUAAUAUUUUUGACCAUUAUGACUGAUUAUGACCGCUAUAUAUAUGAUUACUUUUCAUGAUUUAUAUUUCUUAUCACAUCUAAAUUUAAUGCUAAAAGAGGCAUAGAGAGGUUUUCCAAAAUAUAUAAUAAAUAAAUCAACUUUGCUGCAAUGUGGAGUUAUUUCUUUUUUUUACGCAUUUUUACGCAUUUAUUUCGCGCUCACUCUAGCCGCUGACUGGGCGAUUUGCUGAUUGGCCCGGCCCCCGCCACAGUCUCGCCGUCUGCGCACCGCAGCAAAAUAAUUAAUAAAUAAGAAACAUGGCGGCCAUGAUGGAGUCCAGUUAGGCAGUCUGUCCGAAUUUCGCACAUUUCCAGCUGAAAUGAACAAUCUCUACUCGAAAAUGUCUGCGAAACCGGUGGUGAAGCGCUGUCUGCAGGACCCCCUGUCUGUUUCGCAGACGAAUGCUUGGGUUAACGCCGAAAGCAUCGAAAGUGGUUCAGCGAGCGGCGGAAUCUCUCAACGCGAAAGCAACAUUCUGGUGACCCAGCCGGCCAGUCUGCCCAAUUCGCCGCUGGCGUCGCCAAAUUCCUUGACGACGACCUUUAACCUGUCACCACCUGUGUCGCCGCCACCCCCUUCACACUCCACAGAUGACCCCAACUGGCAGGCAUGCAAGCCGUCUGUGCGAGAGCGAAAUGCUGCCAUGUUCAACAAUGAGUUGAUGGCAGACAUACACUUUUUAGUCGGAUCUCCUGUUCAAAGCAUUCCUGCGCACAAAUAUGUGCUUGCCACGGGAAGCUCGGUCUUCUAUGCCAUGUUCUUCGGCGGCUUGGCUGAGGAGCGGCCGGAAAUCGAGGUGCCCGACGUGGAGCCUCUGGCCUUCCUCGCCAUGUUGCGUUACUUGUACUGCGACGAGAUCCAGCUGGAGGCAGACACAGUGCUGGCCACCCUGUACGUGGCCAAAAAGUACAUGGUGCCCCAUUUGGCCAAGGCAUGUGUCAGCUACCUGGAAACGAGUCUCACGGCAAAAAACGCGUGUCUGCUGCUCAGCCAGUCUCGCUUGUUUGAGGAGCCUGAGCUGAUGCAGCGUUGUUGGGAGGUCAUUGAUGCCCAGGCUGAGAUGGCUCUUUGCUCGGAAGGAUUUGUCGAUAUCGACUUAAACACACUGGAGUCAGUUUUGUCUCGGGAGACACUGAACUGCAAGGAGACGGCCUUGUUUGAUGCGGCCAUCAACUGGGCUCGAGCCGAGUGCUUCAGAAGGGAACUGGAACCAACUCCUCACAAUGUAAGAUGUGCCCUUGGAAAGGCCCUCUUCCUUGUGCGCAUUCCCACUAUGGCGUUGGACGAGUUUGCCAAUGGAGCAGCUCAGCAGGGUGUUCUGACGCUGAAAGAGACCAUCGACAUUUUCCUUCAUUUUACGGCUGACAGCAAACCGCUUCUUUCGUAUCCAACUAAACCUAGAACUGGACUGAAGCCUCAGGUGUGCCAUCGCUUCCAAUCAUGUGCUUAUCGCAACAACCAAUGGCGUUACCGUGGCCGCUGCGACAGUAUUCAGUUCAGUGUGGACAAGCGCAUCUUUGUGGUGGGCUUUGGUCUUUAUGGCUCAUCGAACGGUGCUGCCGAUUAUAACGUCAAAAUUGAACUAAAGAGACUCGGCCGCAUUCUUGCUGAAAAUGAGACGCAGUUUUUCUCUGAUGGCUCCAGCAACACCUUCCACGUAUAUUUCAAGCAUCCCAUUCAAAUUGAGCCAGAGGCGUUCUACAUGGCUUCCGCAGUUCUAGACGGCCAAGAGCUCAGCUACUUUGGGCAAGAGGGUAUGAGUGAGGUCAGUGUAGGCUCGGUGACCUUUCAGUUCCAAUGCUCGUCAGAAAGCACCAAUGGCACUGGUGUUCAAGGCGGACAAAUCCCAGAACUUAUAUUUUAUGGACCGCAGUCAGUGGCCAGUGAUGAGCACUAGUGGUUGAAUUUUGGGGAUAUUUAAAUUUUUUGGAUUAAAGCUUGCAGCUAGUAUUCUCUUUAGGCAAUAUUUAUCGAGAAUGCCAUUCUCAAAACAAGGGUCUUAUGUUUUUGGCUCUGCAACUUUGAGAAUGCCUUCAAAAUAUAGUGAAAUCCAAGAAAUCUUCAGCCUGAUCCUAAACUAUUUUGUGUGUAAAUAUAUCAAGAAUGAAUAAUACAAAAAAUUCAAAUUGGAGCUUUUUCAUGAUAUUAUUAUGUGGCAAAAUAUGAUAUUCUAUUCUACAUUGCUGGUAAAACUGCUUGUAUUAUAUUGGCGGCCAAUUAAGUUACUUUAUAUUGCCAUGCAACGCCGCCUUAACACCAAUCAAAAUCUGGAACCUUUAGUUCGACCACAGCCGAUGAGUAUUCCACGCAGUAAUUUUUGGAUUUGUGAUAAUAUUUUUAAUACUUCUUUUUAGUUAACAUUUCCCAGUGACAAAUUUAUGUCAAUAGUCCUGAUGUUAUUAAUUUAUAACCAUAAAAUCACAGACUUAAAAUUGACGGAUAACUAUGUUAAAAAUCAUAUAUUGUGUAGAUAGUAGUGAGGUAAAAAGUCAUGUAAUUUUUGUUAAAUAAAACUGACGCAAUCGCUUAGUGUAGAAUGAA